UACACAAACCCUCCCUACACCAUACGAGAAAUACAGCAAAACCAGCUAAGGGUUCCACCGCCGCCUCUGCCACCAUAACCACCGUGGUCACCACCACCACCACCAUUGGUGCUUUAAAAAACCAAGCUCAAAGCUCUCGUUUUCGUUUUUUGCAGUAAAAGAAUAUGGCCAUAAUGAGCGACCACCAUGCUUGGGCUGUUGCAUUUGGUGUCUUAGGUAAUAUCAUCUCAAUCCUGGUUUUCCUGGCUCCACUGUCAACUUUUUAUAGGAUUUAUAAAAAGAAAUCAACAGAGAGUUUCCAAUCAUUGCCAUACCAAGUAGCAUUGUUCAGCUGCAUGUUGUGGUUGUAUUAUGCUUUGAUUAAAAAGGGUGCUUUCCUUCUCAUCACAAUCAACUCCUUUGGAUGCAUUGUGGAGACUUUAUACAUCUCUAUGUUCUUAGCUUAUGCACCUAGGAAGAGCAGGAUAUCAGCCAUAAAACUUUUUGCAGCUAUGAACCUGGGACUAUUUUCAUUAAUUCUCAUUGUCACUCACUUUUUGGUGAAAAAUUCGAUUCGAAUCCAAGUUCUUGGUUGGAUUAACGUCGCCAUUUCAGUAUCUGUUUUUGCUGCACCUUUGAACAUCACGACAAGAGUUAUUAAAACAAAGAGCGUUGAGUUCAUGCCUUUCAAUUUAUCGUUGGCCCUAACAUUGAGUGCAAUUAUGUGGUUUGCUUACGGAGCAUUUAUUAAGGACCUUUGCGUAGCGGUCCCUAAUGUUGUAGGCUUCAUCUUAGGGAUGUUCCAAAUGAUAUUAUAUGCCAUAUACAGAAACACCGACAAGGUUAUUAAUGUUGAAGACAAGAAGGUACCAGAAGAACAAACCACCACCACCACCACCAUUUCUGUCCUAAGCAAAUUAGGUUCCUCUGAGGUUCAUCCUAUUGAUAUUGAUACUAUUAAAAACCCUAAUCAGAAUACUACAAACCAAGGUGAUGGCAAUGAAAAUGACCACACAAUUGAAGUUGAUGAUGAUGAUGAUGAUGAUGAUGGUAGCAGCAGCCACCAAAAAAGUUUGGAACUUUCUAGUGAACUCCACUUGGAUGAAUCUCCCGUUUAAAAAAAAAAACAUGAUUGGAUUAUGUUUUUUUUUUUUGGGUUUAUUUGCAGUUUAGCACCCCCUGCAUGAUUGGGUUUGGUCCCCCAUUCCUAAUGAUUGUGUUUGUGAGGUGUUUAUUUUUCAGUUUGUCACCAUGUUUUUUAUUAUGUUUUGUAUGUGUAUAUAUGUAUUACUGUUUUUUGGAAUAGAGAAAGAUGAAAUGUCUUUCUUCGGUUUUUGUUAA